CCCUUCUAAUCCCCAAAUUCGCUCUUGCUAUUACGGUUAGGGUUUCGAUCGGUUCCUCGGAAUCGAUUCUCGGAUCCUCUGUUUCAGCUCACGCUCUUUUCUGUCUCCUCUUGGAUCAUCCCUUUUCUCUUUUUUUUUAUAGUAGAAUGGAAGAUCAGGGACAGAGCUCGAAUCCGACUUCUUCUUCUUCCCCUUCUUCUUCUUCUUCCACGUCCAUUAGGGAAGCUUCGGGGGCUUCGUCGUCCUCCUCGUCGGCGCCGGUUCGCGAAGUGGAAGACGAGCCAGAGCGAAUCGACGAGCAUCGGUAUGGGAACCCUGAGAUGGAGCAGCAACAUAUCGGGAUUACGUAUCGGGGGAAUUUCACCGUGUUCGAUGAUGGGUCGGCGGUGAUACGGGACGAUACUUGGUCUUGCAUCAUCGUGGUCCUUACCUUCUGGUUCUUUGUGUCUAUGACUCUGAUAUUGGGAGUUUAUGGUUCUGUGAGCAUAAGGCUUGGUCCAAACACCUCGAUUCUUGUACAGCCAAAUUCCAUUUUCGUGCAGUCUCUGAAGGUAGAGGAGUUGGAUGAUACCAAGCCUGGGCCACUUCUAUAUGGGUUUUAUAAAGCUCCUUCUCUGGAUGUUACUACCACUUGGUCCAAAACUCAAAAUGCUUCUGUUCCGGCUGACUCAGACAAGGAGUGGAUAUAUUACUUAAACGAAGGGUCUCAAAUUAAUAUUACCUAUAACGUGAGCUCUGCAGGUUCCUCUGUAUUUCUUGUUAUUGCUCAAGGCAGUGAAGGCCUUGCCGAAUGGCGUGAGGACCCAACAUAUCCUAACACCACUUUAUCAUGGAAUGUUGUUCAUGGGGUCGGCAUGAUACAGCAAAUCAUAUAUAAGUCCUCCAGUUACUAUAUUGCAGUUGGCAACUUGAACUCGGAAGAAGUGGAGGUUCAAUUGAACCUUGGAGUGAAGGCUUACCUCUAUAACACGACCUCGGCCUAUUACAAGUGUACUUUUUCCCACGGCGAAUGUAGUAUGAAUGUUCUUUUCCCCGAAGGAAAUGCUGCUGUCAUAGCUACACCUGGUGCAGGACAGGGAACACCCAGUGAUGACUGGUAUGUAAGACUGUCCUAUGGACCGAGAUGGAUUACAUAUUUUGUUGGAAUUGGUGGAAUGACAGUGCUCAUGCUACUAGCCUUCAAUUUCUUGAACAAAUUUCGAUGUAGUCGUGAAGAGGCAACUGGAGCACCAUAUGGGCGAAUGGAAGCUGAGAGAGCACCUCUUCUAUCAUAUAAAGAUGACGAUCUCUCUAGUUGGGGGUCAUCCUAUGAUUCUAAUUCACAUGAUGAGGCGGAUCUAGAAGAACUUUUGGCAGCGGGAGCUCCUGAAGGGAAGCUAUUGCAAGAUGGUGAAAAUGGUAAUAAUACACGGCGUUUGUGUGGAAUUUGCUUCGAUGCUCCCAGGGACUGCUUCUUUCUUCCUUGUGGACACUGUGUGGCUUGUUUUGAAUGUGGACAAAGGAUAGCCGAGGCAGCUGGUACAUGCCCUAUCUGUCGGAGGAACAUGAAGAAGGUACGGAAGAUUUUCACGGUUUGAAAACAAUGAGAAAGAUCCAGUUUUUUCGAUGGAUUAGCAAAGCCUGGACAAAUCACCGGCAAGCAGAUCCUUUGUGCCGCCUCCAGUGAUUUCUUUCUGGUGAAUGGCACUGAUCAAUUAAUCAUUGUUGAGCGAUUUUUUGAAAAUAGAUGUGACCAUGUCCCCAUUUGUUCCAGUGGCUUAUUGGCUUGUAAAGCUGUUUCUUGGUAGAGCAAUGUGAAGAUAUCUUAAUGUGGGCGCUGUAACCUCGAGAAGAUUUUGUUAACAAAUACGUAUUUUUUUUAAACAAA